GCUAUUACAUCCGUUUGGGGUGUGUUGUGUAUCUUGUUGUCUCACGAAUAUUUUGAUAAAAAAUUAACAAAAUAAGGUAUAAUGGCUACACCGCCUCGAGAAACUAUUCAGAAGCAAAUUCAGCAAGACUGGGCCAACAGGGAAUACAUUGAAGUCAUCACGGGAAGCAUAAAAAAGAUAACAGACUUCCUCAACUCCUUCGACAUGUCUUGCAGAUCACGCCUAGCUACGUUAAACGAGAAAUUGACAUCUUUGGAAAGGAAAAUUGAUUACCUGGAGGCUUGCGUCACAAAAGGGGAGACAUUAACAUAAUAAUUACAUUUUACAUUUAAUACUAGUUUAACUUAACUUAUAAAUAGUUAAUGUCAGUGUCACAGUGUAAUCCUUUGUUAUAAAUAUAUGGAAACUCCAAAAUAUGGUUGUUGUCUCAAACAUUUUCAAAAUAAAUAAAAAAACCUUUGUAUUUAGUGACACACGUAAUACUGAUCUUUGCCAUGUUAUGUUAAGCAUAUUUGCAUAUUUUUGAACAUGCCAUCAAUUUGACGUCACGCUGCUUAUUGGAUGAUUCAAAUAGUUUUAUUGUAAUAAUUAAUCAUUAUUCGAUAAUCAAUUUUUAUCAUGUACUAAUGACUUCAAAAGUAAGCUAUUCAUACGUGGAA